UUAGAAUUAAUAACAAUUACUGGAGUAUUUUAUAUUUUACUAUAUUUUGUAUUAAACAGUAAGUUUAUAAAGUACUAAUAACAAAUAUAUCGGUGUAUAAAAAGAAAAUUGGCAGAUAGCUUUACGUGCGCCGCUAAAGUUGUACUCAUAUAGCUCUUUCUCCAUGAACAAAUGUUUCUCGAUGUGUAUUCCCUGAGAGUCUACAUUAUAAAUCAGGACUAAAGUACAUAUACAUUCUGGUUUAUCAGUAAGCUUUUGUACGUGGAGGCCUAUAAUAACAUUCCCGCGGUUGAUAUAUAGGCCUUAAGCCUCAUGAAAUCAACUUUGGCAACUGAAUGACGUCACAGAGUUCAGUUUUGGUUGCUGCUUCCUUAUUUUACCUGUCAAUAUUUCUCAUCGCCACAAAAAACUGGAGCACAUAUAGGUGCAGAUUAUAUUUUUAUAAACUACUGUUAUUUUCUACCUCGCCACCGCAAUAAAAAUAUGAUUUGUUAUGCACACACAUAUGUAUAGAUUAGUUUUAAGAAAAAGGUUGACGAGUCUGGAUUAAUUGGAGUGUUGGCGAAGUUGCACGGCUUGCAACAGGUGCUCUUCGGUCGCAAACUUAAAAUCAUAGUUUUGCUGUACACAACCUAUGUAUAUACGCGGUACUGCGCUUACUAGUUGUUUGCACACCGUUUUGAAACAAUUAAUUUGGAGCUGUGGAGGCUCGGAGCGCCAGAUAAAGAUAACAGAAUAUGAGGACCAAGUUUUCACUGUCCCUCGACCAGGAGGAGGGGGAGGACGCUAGACCACAGGAGGAGGAACAAGAGCAAGUUGAUGAGCCGGAGGAGGAGAACGCCAAAGCCCCCUCCGAUGAUCUCCUCUAUGGCGUGGAGGAUAUUCCUCCAUGGUACCAAUGUCUCCUCUUCGGCUUCCAGCACUUCCUAAUCUUCAUUGGGGGAACGAUAGCAACUCCUCUGAUCAUUAUCUCCUUACUGUGUAUGGAAGCGACGGACCCUCGACGGGGCGACCUCGUCUCCACCAUCAUCUUCGCCUCCGGUAUCAUUACACUUCUCCAGGCCACAUUCGGUAUCAGACUACCCAUCAUUCAGGGGGCCAACUUCGCCUACCUGAUGCCCACCAUCACCAUCCUCUCCAUGUCCUUUCCCUCCUGCGACAGCCUAGACCUGAAGAACAUGACGGCGUCACAGAAGGAAGAGGAGUGGCAGAUUAGGAUGAGGGAGAUCCAGGGGGCCAUCACUGUCUCGGCCCUCUUCCAGGUCUUUGUCGGCUACACUGGUCUGGUGGGUAUGAUCAUGCGCUGGGUGACGCCUCUCACUAUUAUACCCACCAUCACUAUGCUGGGACUCUCACUCUUCUCCCUCGGGGUUAAGCAAGCUGCCACCCACUGGGGAGUCUCUGCAAUGACGCUUCUGCUGCUGGUGCUGGUGUCGCAGUACCUGAAAGACGUCAAGACGCCCCUCCCCACCUACAGCCCUCAAAGGGGUUUCCAAAUAGCCUGGUUCCCGCUCUUCACCUACUUCCCGCUGCUGCUGGUGAUGUGCUUUUCGUGGGCCGUGUGUGGGGUGCUGACUGCCUGGGACCUCCUGCCUCAGGGAUCCCUCGCUCGCACUGACUCCACAGGCUCUUUGCUCCACGACUCCAGUUGGUUCAGAGUCCCCUACCCAGGUCAGUGGGGAAUGCCGACGGUGAGUGUGGCUGCGGUGAUCGGAGUGACUGCAAGUGUCAUCGCUUCCAUCAUCGAGAGCAUCGGGGACUACUACGCAUGCGCCAAUCUCUGCAAGACUGCCUCACCACCAGUGCAUGCCGUGAACCGGGGCGUGGCGUUCGAGGGUAUUGGCUGUGUCCUGGCUGGACUCUUCGGCACCAGCAGUGGUACCGCCUCCUAUACCUCCAACAUCGUCCUCAUCGGUGUUACUAAGGUGGCCAGUCGUCGGGUGGUGCAGGUGAGCGCUGUGAUGAUGCUGGUGGCUGGCACAUUCAGCAAGAUAGGGGCGGUGUUCGCCACCAUCCCAGAACCUGUGUUGGGCAGCACCCUCGUGUUCAUGUUCUCCCUCAUCACAGGCGUUGGGCUCUCCACCCUCAGGAUCAUCGACCUCAACUCCAACAGGAACCUCUUGGUUCUUGGAUUUUCCAUCUUCAUGGGACUCGCUCUGCCAGAAUGGGUGGCAAAGAACCCAGAAGGAAUAAACACAGGUUGGUCAGUGCUGGACAAAAGCCUCACCUCUCUGUUGCAGACCUCCAUGUUUGUUGGGGGUUUGCUGGGAUUCAUUCUCGACAACAGUAUGCCAGGCACAGAGGAGGAGCGCGGACUGCUGCAGUGGAACUACCACCUUGACGCCCAGCGGCCCCUGCAGCCGUCCUCGGACCCUGCUGCCCGCUGCUACGACCUGCCCUACGGCAUGAAGCACCUUGCUAGGUGGGACUGGACUCGCCGUGUUCCUUUUCUGCCCAUGUUUGAAGGGUUCAGGCCGAGGCAGUCAUCACAUCCAAGCGUCAUGGUAGAGACACUAUCGGCCAGACCUCUACCCUCUUCACGGUAAUAACACAGGCGAUAAAGACUUCAACUCUGCUUUAAAUAUUUCUUUUAUAAGUUUUCUUGCCUAAGGUCUUUUGUAAAACUUUAUGGAAAUAUUCAGGGAAAAUCAAACUGGUUAUUUCUUGUCUAAAUUCUUAAUGCUGCAUUAGGUUUAGAUAUGGUUACCUUGGAAUUUACAUUCACACCCACCCACCCACACUAGUGACCGCAAAUACCCAUCCCCCCUUCCCCGCAAUACAUAAUUCAUAGAUGAAAAACUUAUCAAAAACCCAUCCCCCCCUCUUAAAUUAAAAUAAUAUAAUAUAUAAAUAAAUAAUACUAAUUAAACAGAACCUCAAUGCAUGUGUGAAAGAAUCCGUGUGUACAGAAUAUGUAAAUGCUACACAGUAUUCCAAUUACAUGUACAGAUAUCCAUAUUAAUGCUGUACAUGUAGAAAACCAUGUAGUUCCCUGAGAAGAGAGAGCAAGCUUAGGUUAACUGAUAACACAGACACACACGUGUCAGCACGUUGGACUGCCAGCUUGCUAUCGUAACUCAUACUAUAUUUUCCAUUUCCAAACUUUGCCCACCACUCACACACUCAAAAAAAAAAAAAAAAAAAAAAAAAAAAAAAAAAAACUACUACUACUUCCACCCCACCCUGUCCUCUCGCAUAACAAAGUAUUUUGAUGUAAAAAUCUCCAAUGUCAAAGUAAGAUGUACAGUAUUAAAAAUCAUAUCGGCUCGCAAAAUGUAUGUGAUGUCCCAUUUUCUAUUCAUGGGUCCUUGGUUAGGUUCAGGGAAUUUAGUACAUCACUUUAGUGACGCUGUGAAUGCUCGAGAGGCUAUAUAAAGACUCCAGCCAUGAGGUGGAUGAAAGAUAAUGUUGAAUAUGGAUAAUAAGUGUGUGAAAAGUACAUUCACAUAAAUUUGAGUGUACAAAAAUAACAGACCAAGACGAUAGACAACUAUGAAGAAUAGAAAUGAACAGAAGAGAAAAUAGUUUAUUGUAAUAGAAUAAAGGUGUAUAUACUGUGACAAUUCUGAGUACUUUACACCUGGAAUAUGAAAUGGCUAAUGAACUAUUGUGGAUGUACUACAGUCUAAACGAGCACCUACCGUCCUAUAAAAUUAUACUUCUUAGUCUUAAACAACACCAAAAUAUAUUUUUAAUUAUA